CUCUCACUUACUCUCAUGUUCGGAGUCACGACAAGACUGGAUGAUCAAAUGGGUACCACAACCACGCCAACCACCAUAUACGUGGACCCACCUCCCCAAGCCCAGCCGAGUCACAGCUCGGAACACCGUUCAAUAGAAACACUCGUUGUCGUGUUAGCCGUCAUCACCAUUUUAUCCGUUUUAGCCAGCAUCUUCGCUCGGCUCUGCGGCGGCCGUCAUUUAUCUAACGCCGGAGACCACGACAUCGAAUGUUGGGUCGAGAGAAAGUCCCGUAGCUGCAUUGAUGCUGGAGCCCCCACGGUCGCCGCACCUCCUCCUCCAGCGGCAGCAACAGUGGAGGAGCAAAGCAAGAAGUGAAGUAAGAAAAUGGGUAAAGCUAUAUUCUUCGAUUAAUCUCUUAACAUUAUGUAAUCUCAUUAACUUUUAAGAUGUCAAUUUGUAUGUACCUUAUUCUACGAACAUUGAUUUCGGAUUUUUCUCUAA